AUGGAUUUAUUGCCUGUUGUUUGCGCUACUCCGCUGAGCGAAGAGGUUCUGAAUCGCUUCAUCGAACAUAACGACGAUGAAUUGGAGGUCUGGAACCUUGUCUUCGUGGAUAGUCUCGACGUGUGCUACACAGAGCCAUCACUGGCACCGGUCAAGGGUCCCAGUAACCCGAAUUCACCAUUCAUCGGCAAGACGCCUCAGGAAUGUAGCCGCAUGCUUGUCGAGCUUUGCGACGAAACUGCGUCGAACACUAUUUGGCUCCAUUUUGCCAUCAUGGAUGAGAGAUCGACACAAGAUGAUACCGUCUUGCUCGUCACUUCUGAGUACAAUGGCAUUCCUCUGUCGUCUGUCCGCGCUACAUUUGGAGCUUCAGCUCUUGCAUUGAAUUGUUAUUUGACAGGCCAUAGCGAUCCUGAGGAGCAUGCGUGGUAUGCUGAGGCUACGGACAAUGUCUACUGCGGACCAGACAUCUCAAUAAUGAAUCGAUUCCUUGAGGAAAGCGGUAUUGCCGACAAUGAAAGCUUUCCUNUUGCGUUUGUAGACAGUAUCGACGACUAUUACGAUGGACCAUCAGAAGCACCAAUCGACGCCCCUACCAACCCAGACUCGCCCUUCAUCAACAAGACACCCGAGGAGUGCAGCCAAUUACUCCUAAAGCUCUGCGAAGAUACCGAAUCUGAGAUCAUACCUUACUAUUUCAUCAUCAUGGAUGAGAGAUCAAAACAGGACGAUACAGUGUUGCUCGUUUCUGCAGACUCGGACUACCCUGUAGAAACUGUUCGCGCGACUUUCGAGGUGUCCGCCGACGAAGUAAUAUUGUAUCUGACAGGACAUAGUAGCGCCGGAGAAGACGCAGAACGAGCUUUGCAAGAGCCUGACAAUGUCUUUCGCGGGCGAGCGUAUGGUGAAUAA